AUCAACAACAGGGGAUUAAAAAAAUAAUAUUUUAUUCUUCAUUUUCUCACCUAUUUUGAUCCUGAAACUUCGAACUAAUUCUCUGAGUGGUGAAAGGUGCUGAAAAGUCCAUUUAAAGACGACACGGAGGUUAAAGGCAAGUAGGUGUUAGUGACGUUUAGAGCUUUUUGGGGAGACGGUUAGUUAAUAUUAUACAUGUUAAACAGUUUCUCCUGGACUCUAAAGCACUGUUUUGAAAAGUGGACACUGUUAAAAACGUAUAAACAAAGGGGAAGACAGGAGUUAAAGCCUGGCAGUAAUGUCGGAGAAAGGCUGCACUCCGGUGGCCCGGACAGUACUGCAGCAGUGUUUGCAGGCAAGGCUGCAGGUAAAACCAGCAGAUGAACACUCCGAAGCUCAGUUUGUCCAGAUUGAAAGAGGGAUGGUGAUCUACGUCUGCUUCUUCAAAGGAGCCACAGAUGACAUCCUACCCAAGAUGGUGUCCACGCUGUUGAACCUGCGGCUCAGUGAGUCGGCUUCUGGGAAGAUGGUGUCAGUGUUGGACCUGCCUGGCAGUUUACUGAUUGUCCCUCAGGCCACGCUGGGAGGAAAGGCCAAAGGCAGAGGCAUGCAGUACCACAACAACAUCAGCAAGGAGGAUGGGCUGCGACUCUACAGCGCAUUCGUUGCCCUGUGUGAGAAGGAGCUGAAUGCUGCUGUAGCUGAGAGCAGCGCUGAAGUGACAGUAAAACACGGAACCUAUGGUAACAGACAAGUGCUGAAGAUUGACACCAAUGGACCAUACACACAUCUGAUGGAGUUCUGAAGCUGAGCUCAGUAUCUAACACCAUCUCAGAGACAAGAUGUCAUACUAUUGUGUCUCCCAAUGAAGCUAGCAGGACUGAUGUACUAAUUUCUGAACUGUGCAUCUUUCAUUAUAAACAAAUUAAAAGAGAUUUAGAAUUUGCCAAAACUGGAUUGUGUAUGAAGGCUUUCUGAUACUGUGGGACACUACCAGUCUCUACAAACACAUGAAAAACAGAAAAAUUGUCACGGUCCUGGGUCUGUGACCCAGUGUUUUCUGUUCCAUAUUUAUAAGCCUUUGAUUUCAUGACGUAUCUUUGUUAAUUCUACACGUUUUGGGUUCUGUGUUUAUAUUCUGCCUCUAAGUUCAGUCUAUGUAUUUCCUGUUUUAUUGUGAAGGUCCGUGCCUCUUGUCAGUGUGUUAGUUUGCGUUUCCCCUGUCUCGUCAUGUCAGAUUACUCCCAGCUGUGCUCUCCUUCUGUGUCUCUUUCCCUCGUUAUCCCUCUGUGUAUUUAAGCCUUGUGUUUGCCUCUGUUAGUUGCUGGUUCGUCUGCAUCUCUCCCACCGUCUUCCUGUGAAUUCUCCCCGUGCUGUUCUCCCUGCAAGUUAUCCUCACUUGUGUUCAGGUUUUGUUGUUUAAGUUUUAGUUCUCCCAGUAUAGAGUAUUUCUAGUUCUGUUUCUCGCCGCCCUUUCCUUUGUUUGUUAUCUCACCGUCACAAUAAAGCUCGCUCACUUCAGAAGC